CGGCCCUGCUUCAUGCCUCCUCCUCCUCUGUCUCCACAGCCAAGGACUACGAGAACGCCAUCAAGUUCUACAGCCAGGCCAUCGAGCUGAGCCCCAGCAAUGCCAUCUACUAUGGCAACCGCAGCCUGGCCUACCUGCGCACCGAGUGCUAUGGCUACGCACUGGCUGACGCCACGCGGGCCAUCGAGAUGGACAAGAAGUACAUUAAGGGCUACUACCGCCGGGCUGCCAGCAACAUGGCACUGGGCAAGUUCCGAGCCGCCCUGCGCGACUACGAGACGGUGGUAAAGGUGAAGCCCCACGACAAAGAUGCCAAAAUGAAAUACCAGGAGUGCAACAAGAUCGUGAAGCAGAAGGCCUUCGAGCGGGCCAUCGCGGGCGACGAGCACAAGCGCUCCGUGGUGGACUCGCUGGACAUCGAGAGCAUGACUAUCGAGGAUGAGUACAGCGGGCCCAAGCUUGAGGACGGCAAGGUGACAAUCACCUUCAUGAAGGAGCUCAUGCAGUGGUACAAGGACCAGAAGAAAUUGCACCGGAAAUGCGCCUACCAGAUCCUGGUACAGGUCAAAGAGGUCCUUUCCAAGCUGAGCACGCUCGUGGAGACCACGCUUAAAGAGACAGAGAAGAUUACAGUGUGCGGGGACACCCAUGGCCAGUUCUAUGACCUCCUCAACAUAUUUGAACUCAACGGUUUACCCUCAGACACCAACCCCUAUGUAUCCUUCUCAGAAGAGCAAACCCCGCUCCCCCAGCCUGGAUGUGGGAGAGGAGCCCCAGCAGAGAAGCAGCCUGAGCGCUUACCCGGCCCCGGGAUGUGGGUGGACACGGCCAGGCCAGGCCCGCCUGCUGUGUGACAGGGCAGGUGGCGCAAUCUCGCUGGGCCCCAGCUUCUCUUUAUCUUGAAAUGGGGCAGCCACAAGAUCCGAUACAGCGUCUGGCACUGCCCACACCGGGUGCCCUCUUGGCUUUGCUACUUGGCAGCUGUGGGACCGUAGCCGUUAACUUCACCUGCCGGUGCCCAG